UGCUCAAUUCAGAUAGGGCCCAAGAUGUUGGGAUCGCUGGGAUAGAAAUACUGCGAUGUUCCCCAAUCGUUGGAACAAGAGAAGCGCAAUAUCAUCUUUUCGUCUCAAGCGAUUGACACGCAUAAUUCAUGCGAAAUGCUUUGCAAUUGUUAUAUAUCGUUUUUGGGCUUGAUUGCCGCGCUGAGUUUUGUUCGUGCGGGUAUCGCUUCGUCGCACAGUAAUCUUGAGCUUCGCAAUGUCGGUCUUUCAUCUGAGGUUGGCUUGAGAACCCCGACCGCAAAGUUCAAACGAGACACAGUCAUCAAGAACAGCACAACCCUAGACAAGAGUUGGAAUGGUGCUACGCUUUUCAGCCUCCAACUCAAAGCAUCUGGUGAAUCAAAACGCAACACAGAUGUGACUGCUGGAAUUAAUAUCGUCUGCACGACUUGCUACAUCAAAGGCACAGCCACAGCUCAAUUGACGAUCAGUGACAACUUCAACCUUACCCAAGCAUUCGAAAGUUUCAAGUCUGCUGUUGAGUAUGAUAUUGGCACGGUGACCAACGUUACUGUCAAUGACUUCGAGACCUACUUUGAUAAUUUGGAGUCUGAUAUCACCUCCCUCAAUUUCGCCAAAUUCGAGAGUGACCUCACAUUCCCAACGGCAAACAACACCGAUUUCGAUUUGGAGAUUCCAGAUAUUCCUCAAGCUACGCUGCUUUUCCAAUUCGAUGGGCUGGAAUUAUAUAUGGAUAUUGACACGACAUUGUCUGACGAGGCAACGUAUACUGUCAACAUCUACAAGUCAAAAACGGCGCUUGGAGUUUCUGCAGGCGAAGAGAGUCUCGGUAUCAUCUUCAGUAUUGAUUUAAUACUCAGCGUUGAUUCCUCAAUCGAUAUUAGCAGUGGUUUCCAUAUCAAGCUAAAUGACGGUGUCGCUAUCGAUCUGGCAUUGUUUAGCCAAAAUGUUUCGAGCAUCACUAUGAACGGCGGCAAUUUCGAAUUUCUCCCUGUGACAAUUGAAAGUGCUGGUGUACAAUUGACAGCCCUUCUCAAAGUUGGUAUACAAGCUGGCCUCAACGUUGCGGCACCACCAUUCAAGCUUGAUGGUGUCAAGUUCGACACCUUCAGUGCAGGAGCAGCAGUUGGUGUCUACAUGAAUGUCGCCGAGUUUAUCACAAACGUGACUGCGAAUCCAGCCGGAAAUGUCACCGGAUGCGAGGUACUCGUUGAGGAAGUCUACUCCAUGGCAAUCGGAGCCCAAGCUGGCGCCACACUAGCACUCAACGACUAUUCUUGGGGACCUACACCUAACACAUCGACUGCCGUUUUCUACACAACUCUUGCAAGUCGCUGCGCUUUGAGCUCGGCGACAAGCGCAGCAUUGACAGCGAGGGCUGCUCAAGCGACUGGGUUGACAACCACGACGCUCACCACGUCGGACACUUACACGGCGACGCAAUGUCUGUCAACUGGUCUGCUUAAUUGUCCGAUCUCAAUGCAGACGACAUCGAAACAGACUGUUACAAGCACGCUUGUUACUUCUGUACCAUCGGGAUCGACGGCAACAUUCCCAACCACGAUUCAGAACUCGGUUGCGAAUACAAUCGCCUUCGGCACCAAUGUCAAGGCCUUGACUUCCACGAGUGGUACACCGACAUCAUUCAAUCCGACCUCAACUCCUACCGGCAUUACAGGCGUCAUCGAUGGGAAGAUAGGAGGAGUGAGCAAUAAGCUCAUCAUUGGUGUGAGUGUUGGUAUUGGGGUUCCUUUCUUGGUUGGAGUCAUUGCUGGUUGCUUCUUCUUCGCUGGGCGUAGAAGAUCUGAAACAAGAGGUAAUGUGUCGUAUGCCGAUGCGCAAGGACUUUCAACUUCUGAGCCGUAUACGCCGUCUCAGAUGUCGGUCAAGAAGAUGCCGAAUGUUGUGGUUUCGGAGAAUUUGCGUUGAUGAUUACUCUUGUUGUCUUGAGCACAAUUAGCGUUGAUGGAUCUGAUGAUGGAGUAAUGAGAUAUGAAGGCGCUUUGGAUUUGGUUCGCAGGAAAAGUUUAGCAAAAGCUUCAAAUGUUGUCGCACAUUCAUUUUUACCUAGCGUAGAAUCUCUUUUAUAAUUGAUCCAAGG